AUGCGUGGUGAUAGGCUGUGGUUAUUUCUCCUCUUGAUAUCAAUUAAUGCAAAAUCAUCGGUAUCAUCAGCAUCAAAUAAUAAGACUGAGCGUGCAGCUAAGAAUCGUUCGAGAGGCCAGUCACCAUGGCGUUUAGUCAUAUGUCUAUCACACUCUCAGUCACCAUCGAGAAACGAUGUACAAAGGGCUUGGGAAGCUGCGAGAAUAGAAUCAUCGCAGAGCGAAUUAGAAGUGUCUUACAUUGAGGGAAGAAUGACACCGAUGACCGAUUCAAUGUCCUAUCCACUUGCACUUGUUAAUAAAUUUUGUACUGAUAUUGAGAAUGGGAAAACUAUACUCAGUAUUGUUAUUGGGGGUGGCUCGGCAUCGAGAUUUCUCAUUACUGCUGCGGAUUCUAUUAAUUUACCGGCACUCUGGUUACCGAUGACGCAUAGGGACUUCUUGAGACAGGGAAAGCGCGGCACAUACGAGACACGAGUGGGCACCAGUUCAGAGGAAGCGGGUGCAGCGGCAGCUGCACUCAUGCACAAAGCAAAUUGGCAUGCAUUCAUCCUUUUAAUUGAUACAACACUUCUACCAAUGCAUCACUUGCUCCACAAAGAUCGUGAUAUACUGACACCACGUACUGUUGUACAUCUACCAGCGACUGAUACGAGUCUCAAGAUAAGACUGAGAAGAAUAUCGGAGGAGGGUGGCACUGGGGCUGUACUAGUUAUGGCGUGUGAUCUCAAUAAUGCGAGGAGAAUUCUGUCAGCAGCGAGUAAAUACCACAUGCUCAAUGGGAGAUUCUUGUGGCUGUGGCUGGAUCUCAAAGCUGAAUUGAGACCCAACGAGCCGAGUCUUCUGAGCUCCCACAUUAUUCACAAUUCAUUGACGGCGGUGGGGAAGGGCGAAGCUGUUCCAAUGGAGAGUAUCGUGAGACAUGGGAAUUUGGUGCUCGAUGACGAGGCGCACACGCCCUCCUUGUCGAAUCUACCGAGCGAUGUGCAGCGGCUGCAGGAGUUCAGUUGGAAAAGUCAGAAGAUCGUGAGGAAACGAGAGGACAGGGGCUUUUCAUUCGACGACGAUGACGAGCCCAGAUUGAGCGAUAGAAAUCUCAAUUCCAAGACGUUCAUGCCGGUGGGGAUGCUCGCACUCAGGCCGUCCAGCAUUAAAAUGUCCGGGAAUGAUGCCAUUCUCGCGAGAAUGCUCAGGGAAACGUCACAGGCACUCGACAAUACGUUUCUUGAGUUGACGGCGCUGAGCAAAUUGAGGGAGGCGCAGAUCAAAGAGUACUUCGUGCCGACGUGCUUCCUCGAGGGCAGGGGCAGGGGAUCUGUUAACGAGAUCAAGAGGAAUGUCUCCAGGACACUCACCAGGAGGCUCAGGGAGGCCAUGAGGCAGCUCUCCCAUGACAAGGCCGAAUUUCAACUGCUGAAUCUCCAGGCUGUGCAGUUCCCCGGGAAUAAGACGCAGUUGAGAUGGACGAAAGUGGGAACAAUUCGUGGUGGUAAAGAGGUACGUCUCGACACAAUAACCUGGCCAGGGGGUGGUAUAGUGCCCGCCUACCUAGAGCAGGGUGGUGAGCAAAUAGGGAUGCCGGUCUACAAGAUAGUAACAGCCCUGGCACCCCCAUUCACCAUGAUAACAAAUCUUCAGGAUGGUUUAUGCCUCCGUGGAUUAGUCUGCAGAAAGGGAGAUGUGCAAAAGUGUUGCUACGGUUUCUCAAUGGAUCUUCUCUCCCUUGUGGCGCGUGAGCUGAGCUUUCGUUUUGACCUUUAUAUCGCACAAGACGGUUUAUUCGGCAAGAGGAAUGGUAGAAAUGGCACGUGGAAUGGAAUUGUGGGUGAAUUACUCCACGCUAAAGCUCAACUGGCAUUUGCACCGCUGAGUGUAUCAGCAAUAAGGGCUGAGGUCAUUGACUAUACGACACCAUAUUUUUUUAGUGGUGUCAGUUUUUUAGCAUCACCAAAAUUAAAUGAAGAGAUACCACUGCUCAUGUUUUUACAUCCAUUCAGCACUGGUUUGUGGCUGACUAUUUUUAUUUCCCUCAAUGUGACGGCUAUGGCUGUUGCCAUAUACGAGUGGUUCAGUCCGUUUGGGCUCAAUCCAUGGGGCAGACAGAGGAGCAAAAAUUUCUCAAUAGCUUCGGCACUCUGGGUCAUGUGGGGAUUACUGUGUGGACAUUUGGUCGCUUUUAAGGCACCCAAAUCGUGGCCUAAUAAGUUUCUCAUCAACAUUUGGGGGGGCUUCUCAGUUAUCUUUGUUGCUUCCUACACUGCUAACAUCGCUGCCCUCAUCGCUGGAUUCUUCUUUCAUCCGUCUGUCAGGAAUUAUCACGACAGAAGUUUACUGUCGCAAAAAGUUGGAGCACCGCGUGCCUCAGUUGCCGAGUACUACGUACAACGUGCUAAUCACCAAUUAUGGACCCACAUGUUACGGUUCUCACUGUCUGAUGUGGCUGAGGGGGUGGAGAGACUGCGAAAUGGUACUCUGGACAUACUUAUUGCUGAUACACCGAUUUUGGAUUAUUAUCGAGCAACUGAUAAUGGUUGCACACUGCAGAAAAUCGGGGAUACUAUGAACGAGGACACUUAUGCAGUCGCCUUGACCAAGGGCCAUCCCCUUAAGGAGAGCAUCUCCAAGGUUAUUGCUAAUUAUUCCAGCAAUGGGAUGCUUGAUGUACUGCGGGAUAAAUGGUAUGGAGGCCUGCCCUGCAUUCGUGGCCACGAAGGGAUGAAACCGGGCCUCGACGUAGCUGGCAUGCAACCCCAUCCCCUCGGCGUUCGUUCAGUCGCUGGUGUCUUCUGUCUUCUUGGAGUGGGCAUAAUCCUCGGUGCUAUAAUCCUAGCCGGAGAACAUCUCUUCUACAAAUAUACUCUACCACGCCUACGUCACUGUCCCAAAACCUCAAUGUGGCGAAGCAGAAAUGUCAUGUUCUUCUCCCAAAAACUCUACAGAUUCAUCAACUGCGUUGACCUAGUAUCCCCCCAUCAUGCUGCCAAAGAGCUCAUGCACACUGUUAGACAGGGACAAAUUGCGUCAUUGUUCCAGAAGAGUGUUAAAAGGAAGGAGCACGAACAGAGGAGACGGAGGAAGAGUAAGGCCCAGUUUUUCGAGAUGAUUCAGGAGAUUAGGAGAGUCCAGCAAGAAGAGAAGGAGGAGUCAAGCAAGAAAGAAUCCCAAAAGAAGGACGAUAAAUCCUCGAAGGAUCGCGGUCGCUCGCGUUCGAAAAGCCCCCUAAUGCCGCGUUCCCCGAAGCGCGAGAAGAGCCGUAGCUCAACGAAUUUAUCGGGCUCGCGGCACGGUCUGUCCCCAGUCUCCCUGGACACCCCGAUGAAGCCCCGGGAGUUCACCCUCUCGAGCACGAACCUCCGGGCGCGAAGUCCCCUGGAGACAGUGGGCCGUCGGUUGAGCCACGGCGACGGGGGCUCGCCCCCCCCUCGCCUGAGCGCCGCCAAUUUCGGUGGCAGUGCGACACUGCGACCCUCGGCCCCAGUCAAAUCGGACUCUGUGAGCGGUGGCAUUCCCACCCCCCGUUACUCUCGGAGUCCAGCAAAGCGGGGUCAAUCCUUUCCGGUAUUUGCCACCCUGAGACCACCCCCGCCGCCGCCAACGACGGUGCACCCCUCCCAGGUGUCGAGAAGUCCUCAUCUGUCACCGAACAACGAAUUGGGGGCGGCGAUAGGGAGAAAACUCUCGCGCGAAUGGGGCUCGGGGAGUCUGGAGCUCAGUAAAUCGUCCGAGGCCAUUGGCACAAUGUCCACCUUCAAUCCUUAUCAGGAGAGCUCGCUCACUGUCGACAGACCCCGAAAAAAGAGCCAGGAGGACAUCGCCGGGGCCAAGAGACCGGUGAGACGCGCCCGAAGCCACGAGAAUCGAGAUCUCAGCAAAGCCGUCGACACCCCCUCCCCCAGGAUGGCGCAGCCCUCGGUCGGGGGUAAAUCCGUGAGUGAGCGGACGAAAAAACAACUCGAGUCGGAGCUCAAAGCCAUUCUCACGGCGAGACAGCAUCAUCGGGAUCUCCAUCCACCGUGAUUGAUGAGCCAUCGGUAUUAAUUAAGAUGUUGGGAAUUUCUGAUACGGGGGAGGGAAAACGGUUACGUGUAUUCGCCUCUGAGGGGCUUUCAUUGAUUUUUAAGCAGUAAGAUUCAUAGGUCAA